UAACUUUCAUGCGUCUACUUAAAUAGCCUCCAAAACGGUGCAGAAUAAAACGCUUUGGCAUCCCAGGAGAAAAAAAUUAAAUCAUAAAAUUAGAAAAAAAAACAUUUCAAAGCCCUUUCUCCCCAAAUACCCUCAUGGACAAUGAGCUCAGAUCGUUUUCUGCAGUCACUCUGUCGGCGCGCUCGCCUGAUGCGCAGCGCCUCCCCAACUGGUCCCUCACUUUGACAAAUUCCUGGACGAGAGCUCAUGUGCGGAAUGGUGUCUUCCUCGUAAAGGCGAUGCCGGGGAUCUUUUAGAAGUUUCUUUACCUAUUUUAUUUUGUGUCACUUUGAAAGAACACAAUGGGACUGAGGUCAUUUGCGAGGUUUUCCCUCCUGGCUUUCGCGUUGCUCGACUCCCUUCGCCCCAAGUUUGUGGCUCAAGCGGAAGUGAGUUCUCCGAGAUCAAAUCGCCUGGAUGUGACUGCGCUGGAGGAACUUACAGCCCGAAAAUCGACGGAGGUUGAAGCCGAAGAUAGCGCAAAAGUUUUCAUCGCUUCUGCAUCGGACGCAGUCGUUGCUUUGAAACCGAACACUCGCAAGAAAGUAGAGAGCGAAACACUGAGAGGACUUGGAAACGAUGCGCGGAUCGGCAACAAAACGGCACCAAACUGUCACAAUCGCCGCAAAAUUCCAGGUGAAAAGGUUAAUAACAUAUCCGAGGACAACCAAGGGGGACCCGCAACGAAUGUAAUGUUAGAAAAUACAUUUUCUGACACAAAAAAGCGGGCAAAGAGGAACGUGCGUACAACAUUUACAGACAACGUGGAUAGGAGUUCCCGGGGAGAAGCUGGGUCGAAAGGGCGCUUUGUGGAGACGGUCCAAGGUGUCUCCAACUCCAGACCCGAGUACCGACGCACAGGAGAGGAAACCAGAGGGUCUAACCCGAGGCAAAGUGAACCGCACCUGGACACCUCUACUUUCGCUCUAUCGGGAGACUCUGCGCACAACCAGGCGAUGGUGCACUGGUCCGGACACAACAGCAGCGUGAUCCUGAUCUUGACUAAGCUGUAUGAUUUCAACCUGGGCGCCGUUACUGAGAGCUCACUCUGGAGAUCCUCUGAUUAUGGAAGCACCUACUCCAAACUCAACGACAAAGUCGGCUCAAGGACGGUUUUGAGCUACCUGUACGUCUGCCCAACCAACAAACAGAAGAUAAUGAUGCUCAGCGACCCAGAGGUAGAGAGCGCUGUUCUCAUCAGUUCGGAUGAAGGAGCAAGCUUUGAGAAGCAUCCCAUUAACUUCAAUAUCCUCAGCCUGCUUUUCCAUCCUGCACAGGAGAACUGGAUACUGGCUUACAGUCAUGACAGCAAGCUGUACAGUUCAAUGGACUUUGGGAAGAAGUGGCAGCUCAUUCAUGACAACGUGAUGCCAGGCCGAUUCUACUGGGCGGUAAUGGGGCUGGACAGAGAAUCCGAUGUGGUCCACAUCGAGACGCGCACCGCGAAAGGCCGUGCCCAGUACGUGAAGUGCCGAGCCCAACGGUGCACAGAAGGCAACAGGCUGUACCUCUUCCCUGGGCACGUAGACACCAACUCGCUGGUGGUGCAGGAUGAAUACGUUUUCACACAGGUAACCAAGUCAGGAAGAGCCAGCUACUUCGUCUCCUACAUGAGAGAAUCCUUCAAGCGGAUGAAAUUACCUAAAUAUUGUCUACCAAAGGACAUGCACAUCAUCAGCACGGAUGAGAAGCAGGUGUUUGCUGCGGUGCAGGAGUGGAAUCAGAAUAACACGUACAGCCUGUAUAUCUCAGACUCCCCCGGGGUUUACUUCACCCUUUCAUUAGAGAACCUGAGAACCAGCAGAGGACCCGGCGGAAACCUACUGGUUGACUUUUACAAGGUUGAAGGGAUAAAUGGCAUGUAUCUCGCCAACAAACUGCUGGACAGUCAUGUCAAGACUUUUAUCACAUACGACAAGGGACAAACAUGGGCCAUGUUGCCAGCUCCUGCCACCGAUGUGGCUGGAAAUAACCUCCACUGCAUUCUGCCAUUUUGUUCGCUGCAUCUUCAUCUGGAGAUGUCGGAGAAUCCCUACACGUCUGGACCCAUCACCAGCAAAAAGUCUGUGCCAGGCAUCAUCGUGGCUACAGGGAAUACCGGGACAGAGCUGUCCUCCACUAACCUUGGGAUGUUUAUCACAUCUGAUGCAGGAAAUAGCUGGAGACAGAUUUUUGAUGAAGAGCACAACGUCUGGUUUCUUGACAACGGAGGGGCUUUGCUGGCCGUCUUACAUGCGGCGACGCCUAUCCGGCACUUAUGGAUCAGUCUAGACGAAGGAAAAAAGUGGGACCGUCACAGUUUCUCCUUGGCCCCUCUGUAUGUGGACGGAGUUUUAAUGGAGCCGGAAUCUGACAAUCACAUUAUCACGUUUUUUGGACACUUCAGUCAUCGGUCCGAGUGGCAGCUGAUCAAGAUCGACUACAAAGGGCUCUUUAACAGGAGAUGCAUGGAUGGAGACUAUCAAAAAUGGCACCUCCACAACAAGGGAGAGCUGUGUGUAAUGGGAGAGAAGCAGAUAUUUAUGAAGCGCAGGCCGGGCAACCGAUGCAUGCUGGCCCAGGACUACUCGAGGAUCUAUUCCUCAGACCCGUGCCUCUGCACGGCCUACGACUUUGAAUGUGAUUAUGGGUGGGAACGUCAGGCGGAUGGAAAGUGCUCCCCGGCUUUUUGGUUUAAUCCAAAUGGUGCGACUAAAAGCUGCAGCACCAGCCAAAGCUUCCUCAACAGCACAGGGUAUCGUAAGGUUCUGUCCAAUAACUGCAAGGAGGGAGGGAGGAAUGUUUACUCCCCCAGGAGGCAGGCGUGUCGUCCCAGGCCCCCGCGAGGCCUGCGGCUCUCAACGAGUCAAGCAGAGCUCAGCGCCACCGUUGGAAGCAACGUCACUUUCAUGGUCUACCUCGAUGAAGGAGACUCUUUGAGGACCAGCAUCCAGCUGGACUUCGGGGACGGUAUUAAGAUCACAUACUCUAACCUGAGCAGGACAGAUGAUGGCAUCAACCACAUCUACAGAACAACUGGGAUUUACAGAGUGACAGCUUCUGCCGAAAACAACCAGGGGUCUGACAGCAGCACGCUGUUUUUACACAUUACCAGUCCAGUGGAACGUGUUUAUCUCUCGACUCCUAUGGUAGCCGUCAGGGGGAAGGAGGUCAAUCUGACUGCGGUGGUUUGGCCGAGUCACAUCAGAACUUUGACCUUCUUCUGGUGGUUUGAGAACAGCUCCGAGCCCAUCAUAACCUUGGAGGGAAGCAUCUCAUUCACAUUUCAGAGAGAAGGAAUAAACAAGGUCACGGUCCAGGUUGCUUCUGGGAGCACCAUAAUGCAGGAUUCAAAAGUUAUAACUGUUAAAGAAUUCUUCAGGUCGCUGCUGCUGUCAUUCUCGCUCGCUCUUGACGAGCACAAUCCUGACAUUCCGGAGUGGAGGGAGGACGUUGGCCGCGUGGUGCGGACAGCUCUGUCACAGGUGUCUGGGGUCCCUGAAGAGCAGCUUCUGGUGUCUUUGUAUCCCGGACUUCCAUCCACAGCGGAGCUCUUUAUCCUACCUGAUGAGCACACGUCAAGAGAGCACAAGAGUGGGAGUGAGGAGGCCCUCGAGACGAUAUCCAAUAUUUUCGUGACUGCCCUGAACCAAGGCCUGAUCCAGUUUGAGCUGAAAGCAGAUAUUAACAUUAUUGUGUACAUGACUCAGCAAACUUUGGCACCUCUGGUGGAUUCAAACUCCAUCCACAGCGGGUCGGCCACGCUGAUGCUGCUCACUGCGGUCUUUGUUGGUUUGGCAGCAUUCUUCAUCUACAAAUUCAAAAGGAAAAUGCCCUGGAUCCACGUUCAAGCUGAGGACAGGCACGGGAAGGAACCGGAGGUGAUCAGUACAGUCGGCCAGAAUGACAACAUGUCAAAGGUCAAGCUCAGUGAGUUUCCUUCUCCGAAGGAACUCAUGGAAAAGGAGCUGGAGGCCAGGAGCAGAGGUGGAAUUGGAAGAAAUAUGGAGAGAAUUGUUACACGGGAAUUUCCAAACUGUACUAACGUCUAAGACUCUGUUACUGAGUAAGUACAGAUGGUUGUAUUACAAUUGUUCUGAAUUUCUUUGCCUUGCAUUGUUUUCUUUUUAAAUACGCAUUUUCACUGUGAUAGCUGCUAUCGUUCUAAGUCAAGUGUUUAACCCACAUGGGUAGUGAGUGUCUUUACAAUACAUGAUGACGAUCAAUGCACCGAGCCAGACUCUAGGGCCCCUAGUUUUCGGGGGGGGGGGGGGGGGUGGUGUGCUGAAAUUGGCUGAUAACGUUAACCAGGAAAAUACUGUACAUCCAAUUAGCCACAAGAUCCCCAAUUCUACAUCCACGCACUCUGUUUAAUGAAUAUUCAGCUGCCGUUGUGUACUUAUGAUGAAUUCCUUAUGCCUGUGACAAACCAUCAUUUUUGUUAAUUGGGAGGAAAAUAGCAUAGGAAAGACAUGUUUGUUGAAAUAAAACAUCUCAGAAGCUAUAAGAGACAGUUAAAUGAUAAUAGUUCCAUAUGAAAGAAAUAUUUUUGCUUCAGGUAUAUAGAUAUUUGAUAUUUACUUUCAAUUAUUCAUUAAAUGAUAAAGAAUCACUAUAAGGACAUAUUGAGAUUUAUCAUAUUACAGGGCUUAAAACGAUAAACAGAUUGUUAGUAAUACAAAUGUAAUCGUACACAAGGUGUUGAUGAUUUUUUUUUCUCACAGACAAAUGUAACCACACGGCUACACUAUUUUUUAUUAGUCCAGAAAACACAAAAUAAACCAAAUAGAAAAAUGGCCAAUACUACAAAAUAUAAUUGGUAAAUAACUUUAGUCACCAUUUCAUGUCUGAUAAACAACAUUAACUUUACGCUCGAGGUAAAACAUUUGCAUUUACCAGCUAAUAACUAGAAUUCUUUGAGUUGUAAAUAUACACUAUUGAAUAUUUAUUUAAAAAUAUGUCAAAAUCUGACCGUAGUGAAUGCUUAUAAGAUAGGACUAUUGGAAAGAAUAUGUAGUUGGUUUUACUUUGUAUGUAAGCGUGGUGCUUUAAAUGACUCAUCAGCUGACGGUACACAACUAAACGUGAUGUUUGAACAUGAAAGUUUGGCCUUAGAAGUAGAGACAUUUUAAACCUGUACAUAGAAGAAAGAAUGUACAGUAGCAUCCUCCUACUUUAAUGUAAGGUUGACUCCCUCAACAGUCGGUUGGUUAGUAUGUUUCUAUGUACUUCAGCAUCAAAACAGUAUACAUGUUCUCUUUUUUAUUUAUUUGUUUUUUUACAGUGGCAUGCCCUAAUAAUCUGUGAUAAAGAAUAUAAUACUAUAUUAGGGAGAGAAAGUACUUUAUGUAUAUAUAUACAUAUAUUUAUGAUUGUAUAUAUACACAUAUAUAUAUAUACAUAUAUGUGUGUGUGUGUAUAAAUACAAACACAUUGUUGGUUUUAAAGUUUCAUUAAACCAAAUAUUAACACCUUGUCUAAUAGUCUAGUUGUGCAAUUGCCAAAAGUUGUGCAUGAUCUAUGAUACUGUUAAUUUUUGUCAUAUACAUAAAUUCUCCUGUUUUGAGUCAUAUUUCUUACUGUGAACAAAUUACCAUUUUUAAAUUGUUCAAAAUAAAUGUAUUUUUAUACUGAAUCGUGUGUAUAUAUUAUGUAUUAACUCAAAGUUUCCAUUCUAAUGGAAGAUGUGAGAAUAUUAUUUUCUCCUUUUUUUUCUUGCUGGCGAAAGGUUGCAAAGACUUUAAGAUUUUUGGGCUUCCAGUGAAUGAGAAAUGUCUCAUUUUGUCAAGCCAUGAACCUAAAAAACAAGAUUCAUGUAGCGCGUGUUAUCUCAAACGCAGGUACCUAGUAGCAGCCAGCCUAUCGCUCUCAGCAGUACACUUUUAAUGAUCCCUCACAGGCUCUGGAGUCAGCUUUAAUGGGCAGAAAUGGGACAUCACCGUUGUGAGGAUUUCAAUCCGACACUUUGACUGAGCUUGAUUUUACCUCCAUCACUCAAGUUGCCAGUUACAGAUGUUUUUGAUUUAAUGGGAACAAUUACAGAGUCAGUAGUCGAAUCAAGAGAAA